AAAGCACAAAGUCCUGCAAAGGGACAGUCUGGUGUACAACCAAACUUAUACUGUAGAUCUACAGAGACAUCAUGAGAGCCACUGCAGCCGUCCUACUGGUCCUCUGUCUCCUGGCCCUGAGUCAUGGUAAGUUACCAUCAUCUGAAGCAUGUUUGUUCAACUUGGAAUUGAUCAAGUUUGCUCCAUAAUUUCAUCCUCCUUUUCCUUGGUGUAUUCUACUGGAUUGUAAACUGUCAUGGUCAAAAUAUAUUGAUACAACAGUAGCCAAGAUGGGGAGAAGUAUGUCCAUAAUAAAGCGCUGCUCUACCUUCUUAACAGCACUAUAAACAAGGCAGGUCCUACAGGCCCUAGUUUUGUCACACCUGGACUACUGUUCAGUCAUGUGGUCAGGUGCCACAAAAAAGGACUUAGGAAAAUUGCAAUUGGCUCAGAACAGGGCAGCACGGCUGGCCCUUGGAUGUACACAGAGGGCUAAUAUUAAUAGCAUGUCGAUCUCUCCUGGCUCAAAGUGGAGGAGAGAUUGACUUCAUCACUACUUGUGUUUAUGAGAGGUGUUGACAUGUUGUGCACCGAGCUGUCUGUUUGAACUACUGGCGCACAGCUCGGUCACCCAUGCAUACCCCACAAGACAAGCCUCCAGAUGUCUCAUCACAGUCCCCAAAUCCGGAACAGACUAUGGGAGGUGCACAGUACUACAUAGAGCCAUGACUACAUGGAACUCUAUUCCACAUCAAGUAACUGAUGCAAGUAGUAAAAUUAGAUUUAAAAAACAGAUAAGAAAACACCUUAUGGACUGUGACGCAACACAAACAUAGACGCAGACACAUGCAUACACACGAUAACAUAUGCACUAUACACACGUACACAUGGAUUUUUGUACUUUAGAUAUGUGGUAGGGGCCUGAGGGCACAGUGUGUCGUGAAAUCUGUUAAUGUAAUGUUUUUAAAAUGCUGCCUUGGCAGGAACUAAUGGGGACCCAUAAUAAAUACAAAUACUCAUAUGUCUUUGUCUCCAUAGCAUGGGACUGUCAGGAGGUAGUAAACAUCAAGAAUCUGAUGCAGAUCGAUGCAGGACUGGGACAAGUGGUUGCAACGGACACAAGUCAAAUCCCCUACUACCUGGUAGGUGAUGAAUGGAUCCGCCUGCCUGGUUCCCUGAAGCAUAUCACUGUAGGACCAGCAGGGAUCUGGGGUGUCAACAAGGAAGACUCGAUCUACAAGUAUGUGGCCGGUAACUGGGUGCAAGCUGCAGGUAAGUAGAGGGCAUUGCUCAAUAUUUAUCCAGAGGACACCUACUUUCAGUGGUGGAAAAAGUACUCAAUUGUCAUACUUGAGUAAAAUUAAAGAUACCUUCAUAGAAAAUGACUCAAGUGGAAGUCACCCAGUAAAAUACUACUUGAGCAAAAGUCUAAAAGUAUUUGGUUUUAAAUAUACUUAAGUAUCAAAAGUAAAUGGAAUUGCUAAAAUGUACUGAAGUAUCAAAAGUAAUAGUAAAAGCAUAAACCAUUUCAAAAUCCUUAUAUUAAGCAAACCAGACGGCACAAUUUUCUAGUUUUAAAAAAAUUGACUGAUAGCCAGGGGCACACUCCAACACUCAGACAUAAUUUACAAAGGAAGAAUUUGUGUUGAGUGAGUCUGCCAGAUCAGAGGCAGUAGGGAUGACCAGGGAUGUUCUCUUGAUAAGCGUGUGAAUUGGACCAUUUUCCUGACAAAAUGUAACAAGUACUUUUGCGUGUCAGGGAACAUGUAUGGGGGGAAAAAAGUACAUUAUUUUCUUUAGGAAUGUAGUGAAGUAAAGGUAAACGUUUUCCUAAAUAGUAUAGUAACCCCCAAAAACUACUUAAGUACUUUACAUCACUGCCUACUUAUCUUUCCUGAUACCAUCACGGUGUUGAAACACAAUUCAUUGUUUGCUUGUCCGUCGGUCUUCAGGCCUUCUGAAGCAGUUGGAUGCUGGAGGUAACCAGUUUAUGGUGGGGGUCAACAUGGACGAUACUCCAUUCUGUCUGACAAGUAGUGCCACAGUUGGCUACAAGGGUCCAGGCUCACCCACUUCAUGGACAAGAUUGCCAGGAGCUGUGAAGUACUACAGUUGUGGACCCUUUGGGUGCUGGGCAGUCAACAAGAAUGAUGAUAUCUUCUUAAUGAUUGUAAGAUCUGGGAAAGAGUGUGAGAGCUGUAGUAGAGUGUGGAGAGUCUGUUAUUUUAAAACCGUAGUAUUAUAACUGUAGAAAUUGUCCUAAAACCUUGUUUGUUUCCAGCUGAAUCAAGACUGCCAAAACAAGGGGUGGAGUCACAUUGAUGGCAAGCUUUCCAUGAUUGAGGUGGCAACUGAUGGUAGUGUCUUUGGGGUCAACUCUUCGGGUGACGUUUUUACCAGGUAAGGUUGCUACUGAGCUAUAUGUAUAGUUCCACCCUUUUCUCCCUCAACAUUAUUAGCUUAAAAAUGACUUGUAAUAAUAAUCAAAUCUAAACUUGUAUAAUAGACUUAUGAAGGAAUGUGAAGACAGUGCAUGGUAAAAUAUGUAGAAGUUCGCUCUCCUUUAAAGCUCCAGUUUGGAUUUUUUUUUAAACUAAAUGGCCACUUGUUUUAGUAAACAGAUGAGGGAUGGGACAGGAGAAAUGUAACCACUCAAGUUCAUAGAUGGAUCAAUAAAUGUAAGGACAGACAGAUGAGAACAAAAUAAUUUUUCAUUUAAACAUGUUUUGUAAAACAAUAGCAUUGUUUACAACCAAUUUAGUAAAAUAUUACAUGUUUUCUUCUGAUGCAGUUGUAUUAAGCUCAUGAGUCAUAAGUUAUAUUCUUCAACAAUCAAUGGCUAUAUACAAUUAAUAAAGUUCAACAAUUGUUAGUUUUUUUUUCUUUUUGAUUGGAUGAGCUUUAAACAUGUGAACCCCACCUUCUUCAACACAGAGACGGCAUCACAGCCAGUAAACCAGAGGGCACUGGAUGGCGCAAAGUCCCAUUGUUCUUGCGGAUGAAGCAUGUGACCUACGACCUGGAACAUCUUUGGGUCGUCUCCAAGUCUGCCGUCACCAUGGUGUGCACACCUUAGCCUCUCCUCUGCAUCUGAAAACUAUUCGGCAUCUGACAAGUUCACUUGCUAACUCAUUGAUAUCUUUUUCUGGAAAAGCCUCCUGCUUGACAAUUGUGGACAUUAGUUCAUAACAAUCCUUCAUUCUAAAACGUAAUGCUUUAAACUAUACUCUUUCACUACUUUAUCUAAUAGUUCACUGACUGUAUUGACAUGUUUUCAAACACAAUUGACAAGUAACAGCAUUAUAAAAAUGUCUUGAUCAAUACUUCAAUAGAGCUUUGCCAUGAAUGCUAUUUGAUCGUAGGGGAAACUUGGGCGUGGUCAUGUUACUCACAAUCCACAUGGGUUUUGCUGGGCUUCAUAGGUCAUCAAUAGGGUUGGAUGUAAUCCUUGUCAUUGCUUAUUUUAUAUAUUAUAAUGAUUUAAUCAUUUCCAGCUAAAAUAAAGCAUUCAGUGUAAAACCCAUUUCUGUGUUUGAAUUUUUUUUUUAUCAUAGUGAACAGGGGGUUUUCAGCUUGCUCUGCAAAGAUCAAGCUUCGCUGGGUAGAUCUGUUUUGUAAUUAUGGUUUUUGCCCUAGCACUACACAGCUGAUUCAAAUAUCCAAGCUUGAUGAGUUGGUUA